AUGGCUGAAGAUUCCAACAUCGAUGAAUUGCCGGAGAGAACUCUCUUCAACGAUAGGUGGGACGGUUCACAGCAGGAAUCCGACAAUUGCUCGUCAAAUUCAGAAUCUCCUGGGCUUGAGGAGGAUUCUUUAUCAGAAGACACAACGGUCGCUGAUAGUCCAAGGACACCCCCAGAGUCUGAGGAAGCAAAAAUGGUCACCGUUACAGUGUCCGAGAAUGCAGAACCAGGAGACGCUACAGAAAGUCCAGGAGGGUUAGAGUAUAACAACCAGGAGAAAACCCGAGAGGGGAAGUUGGCGCUAAGUCCUGUUCAUUCAUUGGAAAUCGAUGAAAUGCCCUCAGAAGCACCAGAAACACCAGAAGCGACGCGGACAGAUAUUCAGGAUGGUCCCUCUCCGGAUACUCUCAUCAUCACUUCGAAGAAACUUCCAAGACGUCGCCGUCGACGUAUGCGGCCAUCAUGGCGCACAUGGGAUGAGGAACUAAUGCCGUUUGGGAACAUGAAGGGCGUGUUGAAUGAUGAUUAUGAUGAUGAUAUAACAGUCCGCAGCGACUGUAGCGACAAUGCUGAACCGAACAAGGACCAGGUCGCCGUAACUGAGGAUUGGUCAGAGUCAGUGUUCGAUGAUGAAAAUCUGGACUCGAUGCUAGAUGACUCACCCAGCCGGCUUGAAUGGUUGCGACAAAAGCGAGACAAGAAUGAGAAGAACGAGCAUCUUGACCGGCUGAUGUCGAUGGUUGGUCUCGAGCAGAUCAAAGCGCAUUUCCUUGCCGUAAAAGACCGAGUAGAUGCUGCUAAACGCUGGAAGGAAGACAUGAAGAGCAUAAACCUCGAUUUGAUCUUACACGGAAAUGAUGGGACUGGCAAGAGAAGGAUCGCAUGGCUGUACGCUGAGUUCCUCUAUAGCAUUGGCGCCAUUCCGAGACGUAGCUUUGAACGAAUGUCGGGAUACAGCAUAGAAGAUGAGACUAGUGAGGCGACGGUGACAUUCUUUGAUGAUGCGGAUCGAAUUGAUCAAAUAUCUGAUAUCACGAACAUCCUCGAGGCUCUAAAAAAGAGGCCAGAUCCCACCGUUCUCAUCCUGUCGUAUAGGAUACUGAAGAAAGAAUCCAUAGAGGCUCUCGACCACACUGAGGAAUCACGGGAUCGUCUUCCCAAGCCCGUUGUUCUCAAGAACUACGACGAGGAUGAGACCGCGGCGCUCCUCAAGCGGCUGGUUAAAAGCAGGCCAGAAUUUGAUGAAGCUAAUAACCAAGAACUAAUCCUACGCUUACUGGCUCAAAAACUCGCACGACAAUGCAGCAGAUCCCCUGAAGACUUCACCAACAUCCACGCCUUGCAAAAAGAGCUGGAUGAAUUGGAUGUUCGACGGAAGAAGCGUCACGAAAAGGAGUUAUUGGAAUGGAUGAAGAAUAACUCCCCUGUCGAGGAUGUGCCGCUUCAUGAACAAAAGCCAAAGCAAGUUGGGUUCGAGGUUGAGGAUGUCCUGGGUCCCAAGCCCUCUGAUCUGAGGGACAAUAGCGCUGCCUGGAAAGAGUUGCAAGCUAUGGUUGGCCUGCAGGGUGUUAAGCAGGAGGUCGAUCACAUAUUUAAUUUGGCCAGCCUCAAUCGGCAACAAGAAAUCGAAGGAAAGAAGAGUUUGCCGAUCAUGCUGAACCGCUGUUUCUUGGGAGAGCCAGGCGUUGGGAAAACCACUGUUGCCAAGAUAUACGGAAAGAUCCUCAAAGACUUGGGCCUGUUGUCGAAAGGUGAAGUUAUCGAGAAGACCCCAAACGACUUGAUCGGGCCCUAUAUCGGUCACUCAGAGAGGAAUACGCGAGAAGUCCUCGACCAGGCCAUGGGCAACUUACUCAUCAUUGACGAUGCACACAUGCUCUACCAAGGGUCUCGCCAGGGGACAAACAAUUCCGACUCCUUUCGGACUGGCGUCAUUGAUACUCUUGUGGCCAAUAUCUCGGGAAGCCCAGGUGAAGACCGGUGUGUUCUUCUUUGCGGCUACUCUGACAAGAUGAAAGCCAUGUUCUUGAAUAGCAACCCCGGGCUACAGCGUCGUUUUCCCUUGGAAAACGCGGUCAUGUUCAAUAACUACAGUGAGAGUGAGCUCUGCCAAAUCCUCGAGCAGAAAAUGGCGAGCGACGGGGUGAGCAUAUCAGAAGGCGGCCGUAAAGCUGCCCUAGACGUUCUCAGGAAGAUGCGUACGAGGCCUCGCUUCGGAAACGCUGGUGAAGUAGAGAGCCUGCUGUCUCGGGCGAGCCUGAGGCAGGUAGGAAGAUUGCGCGCUGCAAACGUGUAUCCUGUCGAUAUGAGUGACCACCCUUUAGAGGCGGCGGACUUUGAUCCAGAUUUUGAUCGAGCCUCUCGUGCAGACCAGGCGCGACAUGGUUUGUUUAAGGAUUUUGUGGGCUUCGAGAAGAUCACCGAGCGAUUCAGAAGAUAUCAGAAAAUGGCAGACGGAAUGCGGAGAUAUAAUAUAGACCCGCGACCACACAUCCCUUGGGCGUUUGUGUUCAAAGGGCCGCCCGGGACUGGGAAAACAUCAACGGCUCGGAAAGUUGGCAAGUUAUUCUACGACAUGGGCUUAAUUUCAUCGGAUGAGGUCGUUACCUGCUCCGUCACGGACAUUAUUGGCGAGUAUCUUGGGCAAACUGGGCCAAAAGUCAUCAGCCACUUUGAGAUAGGGCUCGGGAAGGUCCUGUUCAUCGAUGAAGCCUAUCGGUUGACUGGAGAUAAGUUCCACAAAGAAGCUGUCGACGAGAUCGUAGAUGCCAUGACCAAGCCGCGCUACGUUGGAAACAUGGUUGUCAUCCUGGCUGGAUAUGGAGAGGAGAUGGAAAAAUUGAUGCAAACGAAUCCGGGACUCCGGAGUCGGUUCCCUACCCAUAUCACGUUCCCGAACCUGACACCAGCACACUGUCUGCAACUCCUCAGGCAAACUCUUGCCAAGCUACAAAUCACGAUUCCACGCGAUCUGGACGAACCUGGAAGCGGAACUGGUAGAGCUCUUGACGAGCUUUUCAACCAGCUGGCCCGUACCAAAGGGUGGGCCAAUGGUCGGGAUAUUGAAACCAUCGCGAAGAGCAUAAUUGGAGACGUGUUUGUGAGGGUGGGCGAAGAGGAAGAUGGUUCACCGUUGGGUGGCCUCCAUGUCUCUUUCCAGGAGCUGACGAAGGCUCUUCUGGAGAUGAUCAGAGAGCUUUGUGUUUUCCGAGACAACAUUACUCUGAGACUUGAGGAUUUCAAAAUGCAAAGAGAGAAAGAAGCCAGCAUGAGCCACUCCAGUGUAUCCAUACGUCGCAAGUCGUGCACCCCCUGCUUCAAGGGGCGCCGCAAGUGCGAUCUCUCAUACCCAGUCUGCAAAAGAUGCGAAAAGAAUAACAAAACCUGCCAUUACGUAUAUCCACCGAACCAACGAGCGGCGACCAAUGUGGAGCUCUCCAAGUCCAAGGGACACUCAUCCCUCGCAAAGACGUCCUCGUCCGGCAGUCCGCCAGAUGAGCUUGUCCCCAUUCCGGACCGCAGCCAAUCCCGCACGCAACACCAGCUCAACUGGGAUGGCUCUUUAAUAAAGAUACGCCUUCCAGAACCCCUAGGUGUGCCGUCCAUCAUUGGCCAUCUGGGCGAAUUGGAGCCCGUGUUCAGCCUGGGCAACGAUGCAUGGAUCUUCGAGGAGAUGAAAGCGUGUCCGACCACAUAUGCCCAGGACACGGAGACCUUCUUCAUCCACAAAGAUCUGAAUCAAGGCGAUCUCGCCCCUGGUCCAUUACGGGCCGCCUGGGGAAUCUGCGCAGGAUGCAUAACCCUCAACAGCCGCAACCGGAAAUUCCUCUUCCAGGCCGUGGAUGCUGAGCUGGCAAAACUACUCAUGCCAACCCCCCUGAGUACCCUGUUUGAGGAUCUUGUCAGACUACAAGCAAGUGUCCUAUACCAGAUGAUCAGGCUUAUCUACGGUGGCAUAGAGCAGCGCAGGGCGGCCGAGCAGCAGGAAUACGUGAUGAGGUCACUUGGCCUCAAGCUCCUUCAGAGAUUGAAUGCCGGAGACGAAAUGGCGCAGGACAACUGGGAGACUUGGCUUUUGAAAGAAAGCGUCAGACGCACUGUUGUUGCCACCUUCAAGCUAUACACGCUCUACUGGUCAUUCAAAUACGGCGCGUGCACUGAGGUGAAUGCGAUGGCCCAGUUGCCCAUUUCCACCAAGACGGGAGUUUGGAGCUCCCCGCAAAACUUCUCGCAAUACCCGAGUACAGAUGAGACCAUUCCUUAUAGAGACUUCAUACUGUUGAAAUCCGUUGCUCCUCGCGGCUCAUUGGAGACGUUUGAAAAGAUGGUGGUCGUAAGCUGUAGGGGGGUGGCCGAGGAAGAUUACUUUGCAAUCAGAGACACGUUAUAA